UGAAUGUAACAUACGGAUCCAUAUACAUAGAAACAGAGUCCGUGGCCAGUAGUCGCUGUAGUGCAACUCGAAUCACUUCUCAGUGUGCCUGACGCCGACGCCACGACGCGCGCACCGGCAGCCGCCUUUGUCUCUACACACCACACGAACUUCCAGAGAGAAUUAAUUUAGUUAUGUCGGACGAUAAUUCACCAGUAGUUGAGGAGCUGAAGAAAAAGCGAGGACGUCCUCCAAAGAAUGCCGACUCAAAAAAUGCCGUAAAGGAGCCCAAAAAGCGAGGACGCAGUGCUGCUACGGAAAAAAUUAAUGCAUCUCGUCCACCAAAAUCUGACAAUGAAGAUGAUGCACCACCUGGACCAGUUAAAAGGGGUAGAGGUAGACCUAAAGGUUCUCACAAAAAAAAGAGUACAACAAAAACCACCGCGCCAUCACCCGGUCGUGGACGUGGUAAACCCAAGAAAAUAGAAGAAAAACCAGAAAGUACCGGUGAAGAAGAAGAGAUGGAAGAAGAAGAUGAUGAAGAGGAAAACUGAAUAUAAAAUUUUAAAAUGUCUUCGUGACAUCGGGGCUUCAUUUUCGGAGUUUCCUAAAAUUUGCUGUCGACUUUUCUUAAUUCCUUUUUUUUUUUUUUAAAUUUUAUUAUUUUUUUUUUUUAAUUGGUACACAAAUGUGUAUUUAGAUUUAUUAUUUCAACGACGGCGAGAAUAAAAACUCUUUUAUCUCGUUGAGCUGAAUCAAUACUGCUCAUUUGAUGUAGAUUAAAAAAAUAAGAAAAAAUGAAAAAUUAUUCGACACUUUCGUAUCACGUAGUAUAUUUUAUUUAUCAACUUAAAAUAAUUUUGUUCUCCCAUUAAAUUUAAUCAAUACUAUCUAGUAAUAAAACUGGCUGAACAAGUAGAGUAUAAGAUACUAAAUGUGAAAAAUAAAAUUGAAGAUUUUUGAUAAUCCGAUUUUGUAAUUUUAAAACUCGCGAUACUGUCGAAAAAAAAGGUUACAGAGGCAACAUUCUUAGCUUAUGGUUUUUAUUUUUAAUAUAUGAUUAUUUUCUUACAUUUUAUGUGAUUUAUUAAUACCAAUAUUAUUAUGAUUGUCUUUUAUUCAUACACUCAAUUAAAGUUCUCAAAAAAAAAAUGAAAAAAAAUAAAUAAAUAAAAAAGUUGAAAAAUUUAAUGAAAUAAAUAGAAUUAAUUGAAUACGUUAACAUUAACAGGAAUAAACAAUGAAAAUUAAUAUAGAAAAUUAACAUAUUGCUAGCAAGAUAUUUAACACUGAUAAAACAAUAUAGUAGUGAUAAAUCUCUAGGAUAGUAUUGAGUACUUUUUGUAAAAAAAAAAAAAAAAAAAAUUUCAGACAGUACUGUAUGCUAUCUAGACUGAAUCCACUACUCUGGGUAGUACCAAGUACCGUCCCAGGCAGUAGUGGAUACAGUCUAGAUAGUCUACAGCACUGUCUGAAAUUUUUUCUUGUACAGAAAAUACUCAGUACUAUACCCGAGAGUUGCCACUACUGUAUUGUUUUUUCUGUGAACUUGCUGUAAAUUCUGAAUUAAAAGGUGGUAACGAAUUAAAAAUAAUUAUUAUGGAUGAAUUAAAGGAUAGAAAACUCUUGUAUAUCACGAGUGCGUGAAGUUUCUUUCAACUUUACUAGAUUAAAAAAAAGAACGAAAAAAAAUAAGAAACAUGAGUAAAUGAAUUCUGAAGUCCCGCUUCUGAGACGAACAAGAUGUGUGAAUGUAAAAUUUGUAUUAAAGUAAAUAAAUUCACAAAA